GGUAAAGAGCAGGACAACAGCUUAUGUACGCACAAACUGUACUUGAGAAUUCCUUGAAUUUCGAAUGAUUGGACAUCCGGGCUUUUCUCCAUUUGUAACAAGAAAGCCCUUGGACUAUUCAAAGCCUCCCUUCGAGAAGGCGCAAAAUAAAUCAUACUGAGGAAAAGUUAUUGAAGAAGAAGAGGAGGAAUAAAAAAGACCGGAAAGGGGAAGGUCACACCGAGCGGAAGAACAUGCAUUCCUCGACGAGGUGUGCCUGGUGACGUCACACGUUGACAGCCUGCAGACAGACAGACAGACCUACACACACACUUCGCUCUCUGCCAGUUGCUGACAUCUUGACUCCAGGCUGCUUCAGCUGAGAGCCGAUGACAGAGCGGUGCCAGUCUGGGGGGAACCAUGAUCUGCUGCCUGCUACUCGCGGUGGUGCUGACAGUCGCCGACUCCACAGCUCAGCACGAGCAGAGAACUGUCCAGCACAGGGUGGCGCCGAUGUACAGGAUGCCGGAGUCCAGCGGCACCCAGCCUCAGUUUGUUGCUAGCGACAAGCACGACACAGCGGGAGAGCACUACGACCACCGACUGUUGGAGGUGCAGUCCAUCUCUGGUGGAGGUGUGCAGACGACGCCUGCGCCAGACGAUGAGGACAUCGCCCACGCGGUGCAGAUGGCGGGUCUAGAAAAGUCCUGCUCGUCCUCGUCGAUGUGCUACUGCUGUCGGUGGACCAUCAGGAGACAGAGCACAGCCGCCAUGUGUGACGUCCCACACUACGUCACAGUCGAGGAGCCAGUCUGUGUCCAGAUCGUCGAGGACGUGUGCGUGCAGACAGCCAUCCAGCCCAGGCUGGAGGAGAGGGGACGAGCCUCAGUCCCUUGUGACAAACGUACCGCCCAGCGCACGUGCACUCGAUGCUGUCGUACCUCCCUAGCACUCACCUCCUCCUCCUCCAUGCAGUGCUCCGCACCCAGGAUGACGUCACUGGGCGAGACGACUGCGACACCUGCGUCACAAGAGGGUCACACAGCCCAUCGUCGCAGCGUCGGGUCCUACUUCCUCCCGACCCAGUCGUACGCCAUGCAGGACGACGCGUACAGCAGGUGCUGCCUGUCGAGAUCGCGGCCGGCUUGUUGUGCGUCACUUCCGACUGAGAGAAUUUCCGGUGCAGCAAGCUCCUCCUUCCGCGAGGCUUUAGCGAGAUGUUGCAGCACUUCGGUCUCAAGCCAGCAGAUGGCGCUUGAGGCGGGCGACGCGGUGCCGGUGCGCAGGCCGACCAUGUCGUGCUGUGCGGAGCUAAACCCUCCCUCAUGCUGCUUUUCGCAAGUCGCCAGCAUCCGGGCCAUCUGCUGCGAGGAUGACAGGGUGGGCAGACAAGUGGGGGCAGCUGAGGUGGCUCCGUCCUGCUGUACGUCGACAUCCAAGGUAUCCUGCUGCUCGUCGGCUUCCGCCCGACCGCAGUGCUGCAUGUCCAGCAGGACCAGAAGACCUGCGAUGGAAGCAAGCGCCUCGAUGGCUUCAGCGGAGAGUUCGUUUCCCGGCGAUGAGUGUUGCUCGGUAGAUAUCUCCGUCAGAUCCUCCUGCUGUCGCCGGUUCUCCUCCUCGGCACAGGUACGAUGCUGCCGAGUUGACGGUCAGCCUCCACAGCGGUGGGUGCAGCCAGCAGCACGCGCGGAGUCUCCUGAUUGCUGCAUGUCAUCGGCGUCGGCCAGAGACGCGUGCUGCAGGUCCACCGCCAUGUCGUCUGUCACCGAUGUCAGGUGCUGCUCGAGAAGGACACAGCCCGCUUCCUUCAGCGACUGCUGCACGUCCACGUCGUCAGGACCCCGUCCUGCCUGCUGCGCCACGUCCUCUUCGCAGGCGGCACGUGCGGCAUGUUGCGACACCACCUUGUAUCCCGUGCAAGACACAUCCUGCUGCUCGGUCACCACGCAGUCGUCGCUGCUGCAGUGCUGCGCGGCCGUGCUCUACUCCUCCCCCUGCUGUUCAGCCAGACUCGUCGCUGCUCCCACACCAACAACAACAACAACAACAACCACGACGACUACCCCGCCUCCACCAGCGAUAACGCCUGCGGCCUGGACUAUGCCAUGCUGUACUUCCUCCUCGCCGGCAAUGAGGGACAUCUGCUGCACGUCGAUGUCUCCUCAGAUGGUGAUGCUGCUGCCCUGCUGCACUCAAUCACGCGCCUUCUCCAGUGCCAUGAUGUCCACCUGCUGUUCUUCGGCCCAGACUCAGUCCCAGACGCCAUGCUGUUCCACGUCUUCUCAAUCGCAACCCGACGGUUCUGUGAGGACCGUCACCAGGUGUUGCUCGUCCUCGUCCUCUUCCUCUUCGUCCUCAUCAAUGUCGUCGUAUCAGUCAUCUUCGUUUACAGACGAGAGUCCCAGCUGUUGCGGGAGAACAGGCUCCCUGCGAGACAACUGCUGUGCCGUGUACGCCUUCCAGCAGCAGUCGCCAAGGUGUUGCUCCCCUUCCUCAGCCAUGACGUCACUCCUGUCUGAUGCCGCGAGACAGGAUGAUCUCCCUUGUUGCUCCAGGAGUGCGUCCGAGAUGGCGCAGUGCUGCGCGUCCCUGCCGAUGGCAUCAUCCUCCUCACCUUGCUGCUCCUCCGGGUCCACCUCCCGCUCCUCUCGGCAACCUCAUCCCGCCAGCUGCUGCUCCGGAAAUGCAUUCGCGCGUGCGCAGUGCUGCUCCUCCCACGUGCUGCAGUCGCCGCCCCCGAGCUGCUGUUCCAGCAGUUUGCAAGCCCUCAGCGACUGGGACGCACAGCAGGCUGCUCCAUCGUGCUGCCACACCCCCAUGUCGCUCCGCCCCUCCUGCUGCGCGACCACCGCCUACUCGGCUCACUGCUGUCAGAGCAUGCGCAGAAGCUAUAAGUGAGGUCUUGAGAGACUGCACCAUCACUCUACUGCUUUUGAAAGACUACUUACAAUUAUACAUUAACUUGUCAUGUUUACAGAAUUAGAACCAUUUUUUGUAUUUGUUUACUUAAAUUUUUUUUUUAAAUCACCGUACUGUAAAGCUAUUCUUACCUUUCAUUCACAAUUUGUGUUCCAUAAACAAUGCUGUCUGGUAUAUUUCGUUAUAUCUAAACAUAAUUAGCGUUUAAUUUUUGAAAACGAAAUAAGUGUCUUUUCCACUUAAAUAUUGUUAUCAAAUCUGUUGUGUUUAGAGAAAAGGUGUGUUAUAUAAGAGCAAAUAAUUGAAACUGAUUGUGUUCAAUGAAAUCAAUGUGAUUUUGACACAUCGUGCGAUUGUUAAUAAGGCUAAUAAUGCGUUAAAAACCGUCCCUGAUUUUAUUAUCUUGAUUAUUCUUGCCUUGGCCCAGUGUGGUGAGAGUAUAAAUUAUCCCAUCCUGGGCUCAUAAACCCAACCCAACCCAAGAGGACAAAAAAAAAUUAUAGAAAAUAAAUAAAUAGCAAGAGUUUAUAUUUUGCGUUAGUACUCAUGUGUUUACCUUUGAACAAGGAACAUGAAAUUUAAGGUCGAGGUAAAUAAAAUUCAUUUUUAUAUUGACGUUCGGCUGUGAGCAUCCUCUGUUUGAUCAUUCAGUCCUCGUCAUUCACGUCAGCAAGACAGUAAACAGAUAAUUCAUCGUCUAGCAAGAAGACGACACCUGCGGGCGUUACUAGCAGUCGUGUUAACACAGGUGAGGGCGAGUGAGGUGGUCACAAAUCAAAGUCAGAGACACAGCGACGUCCAGCAGAUGGUCACGACUGUCACAUCUGAGGAAGGAUGACAGGUGUGUGGGUCCUGUUUCAUUACUGGCUGCUUUCUCACGUAUGUCAAGGUAGGUUUAAAUGUAAAUAGGCAGGAAGAAAACAAAGUUCGUCAUGCUGAUAUCGUGGUUAUCAAUAGUCGAAGCUCUUGUGGCCAAACGACAUCGCCAGGUACGCAAGAAGCUAAAAAUAGCACAUGGAAUGUUUUAUGAUUCGCUCCAUUCAAAGCGAAGAAUCGAACUUUACUGAGAGCCAACUCUCAAGUGUUAGCACUAACAGCUGUUUAUCGACCUAAGGAUAAUUAUAACGAUCUUGGAUUAGAGUACCACGGAUUCCAGCCAGCAGAACACGCGUACAAACAUCCAGGGAAUGGACGGGGAACGACCCUCCGAGAACUUUACUGGGUACGUUUACAAACACCGGGUGCCGAGUGGCUUUAGAAACAGA